CAAUAGUUCUAGGCCAGAACUUAUGGUUAAACUUAUAGAUGUAAAAUGAACACACGUACAUGAAAAAGAGAAAUAUCUGUCUAAAAUGCCGAAAAAAGACAAACCUAAUUCCUCUGCAUCUAAGCCGGAGAAUGCACCCACUGACAAUAGAGAGGAAGCUACGAACACAACAGAAGAAAAGGAAGAGGUGGGAAUCCCGGAAGUAAAACCUCCUGGAUCCAGCAAGAAGGAACUCCUGAAGGAUGUCGAUUUCAGCGUUAUCGACCAUCACGCCCUCAAAGCGACCAACUCCCUGUUGAAGGAGUCGUUCUGGGACCUGACCAAGUACCUGUCUGACGACGACGCGUGGGAGGAUGACCUAGUUAAAGUACGGGUCAUAUUCCGCUGGAUUACGUCAUACAACGUCAAGAAAAUGAAAAUAGAGGAAACCCCUCCCCCAAACACACCCCUCGAAUACUUCAGCAAAAUUCAGAGUGGAUUUGGCAAUCACGCUCAGCUGUUUUACAUCAUGUGCCAGCUGUUUGACAUUCCCUGCGUGGUUGUUGAUGGAAUGACUAAAAGUAAAAUGUACACGGUGGGAGAUCCGAUAAACCACGAGGAGAUGGCGGCGCAGUGGAAUGCGGUGUACGUCCGUGAUGAGUGGCGGCUGAUCGACCUAUUUUGGGCUAUCGAAUGUGUGGAGGUCGACUCCGGAAAGGACGACGACUUCAAUGAGAACGGAGACUUCCUAGAUCAAGAGUCUGUUGACGACCAGAACGAGGACAACGAUGACGUCAUGUCAAAGGCGUCGUUCAUUCGGUACCACCACAAUGAGGAGGUAGACGAGCAGUAUUUCCUGACGGACCCGCGCCAGCUGAUCUGGACACACCUCCCCGACGAUUCCAAGUGGCAGCUGAUGAAGACGCCGAUGUCUGAGAAAGACUGGGGGGAACAACUGUAUGUAAGAGAACGCAGUCAUGAGAUGGAGAUCAGCAUCAAACGAAACUUAUACGGCAAACAAGUCGUACAGGCAAAGGAGGGGAAAGCCGAUAUCAUUUUGUGGUUCCCUGAGAAGAAAGGCGAGUCGUACGAAUUUAAGCAUUCCUUUAGACGUACGAAUCGGUCGGAAGGGAAGAAACCUAUCGAUAAGAUCCUAAACAGAUUCACCAUUUUUGACCACAUCCACGAUAGAAUUCAUUUUAAGUGUAUGUUGCCAGUGGCAGGAAGAUUUUACUUAGAUAUUUUUGGACGCGAUAAGCAAAGCAAAGAACUCGGUGAAUUCGACUUGCUGUGUACGUACGUCGUUGUCAGUACAACUCCUGAAAAGGAGCCGGACCCACUUCCGGACUACCCUCGCAUUGGAUGGGGAGAAUGCGCGCGCUCCAGGAAGCUGAAACUUAUUCCUAUUACACACAAGGAAGCUUUUAUCACAACAGAAGAUGGAAUCCUAGACAUCAGGAUGCAGGGAAGUGACAAACUGAAACUAAAGAUCAAAAUGAAAAGUGUUAUCAUAGAUGAGGUCAAUCUUGUGAAGUACGUGAUGAUGCACUGGCACGCGGGGGAAUACCUGAUCCAGACUCGACUCCCAAAACCCGGAAAGUACGCCCUGAAGCUGUACGGAUUCCUGGAACCAAAUGCCACGGAGAUGGUUAACGUGUACAAUUACCUGAUCACGUGCACAGGUCGCGGGGUCAAGAAUUAUCCCUUUCCCUGCUUUUCACAAGAUCAGCUCGGUGAGGAUCCAAACGCUUACAAAAUUUGGGUGCGUGGAUUUCAGACGCAGGCGAGUUUUAUUGAGGCCAAAGAAGGACACACUAAGCUAGAAUUUGAAGCUAAAGAUGGUAUUCAGCUGCAAUGCGAAUUAAACACAAACAAUCCUGUUGCAGCAGAGCGCAUGCGUGUGGUUACGAAAGAGGACAGAAGUCAUCAGUUGUAUUUUCUAGAUCUUCCUAUCGAAGGGGAGUAUUCAUUUAACCUUUACGCCUACAAGAAAAACAGUAGCCAGCGGUUACAUAAUGCGUUCACGUAUCUCAUUCACUCUACAGGACGACCAAUAGAAAAGGGCCAGACAAAUACAUCGAAAGGAAACACCAACAGAAACUUUUGGAAAGACUCUAACGAAAUAACUACAGAAACGGUUGAAACUGCAGACGACGAGGUCAUCUUUCCCGUACCGCGGUGUAUGGACAAUCUGAUUGCUUUUCUUGCCAAGAGAAAGUCUGAUGAACCACCCACGUCUAAGUCCGUUGAGCGCUUCACAGAGAAGGAUAUUGAACUGUACAGGGUCAAAGUUCCCGAGGUGGGGGAAUACGUCUUUACAAUCUACGAAAAGAAGGAUGUCGGAUUCAUGAAAAGUCGAGCCAGGUACCUCAUCCGUAAAGUGGAGAAUGAGGACGAAGACAACGAUGAUGACGUCACAGAGACUCAGGACUUCCUGGAGGUUCUGCGCAUAAUCCGUGACGAGCGGAAGAAGGAGGGAAAAAGCGUAACAGAGGCGGAGAAACAGUUGCAAAGCAACAGGAAGAUCCAACUCGAUCAGCCCAAAGCCAGCGAGCGGAUCGUGCUCUCUCAGAAUCUGAAGUCGGCCAUUAACUCUCGGCGACCUGCUCUUAUAAAGAGAGCACUUAACGAAUAUAAGUACCUAAAGCCUUCCCAGGGAGACGAUUUACUGGUGGAGGGAUCCCGACUUCUUCGGAAACUCGAGGCCCAGGAAGCAUUGAUCAGAGCGUAUGAGGAUCAAGACUUGAAGGAGCUAGAUAAGGCAAUAGUGAAGGCACGCUCUAUUAAUGACCCCUCUAUGAAACAGCCCCUGACCCUUGCCUCAAGGUUACGGGACCGCUUAGCUGCCAAAAAUAACCUUAAAGACAUGAUACUCAACGCAGACAUUAGAACCAUCUACGAACUGCGGAAGUUGGUUCACCCGCCAGAUGGCGUUCACCAGACUAUCAAGGCGGCGCUUUUGUUGCUGGACUGUCCACGACACGAAGUAGAGACCUGGAAGAAAUGCAUGGCCCUCCUGGGAAACAGGGGACAAGAUGGACUUCGAUACAAGAUGUCGGAACUCAACCCCGAUGACGUCAGCAGGAAGAACGCUCUAGACGCCAAAAUAACAAUAGAACCUUACACGGAGGAACAACUCAGAUACAUAAGUCCCGGCGCCGCGGCCUUCUAUAACUGGACUGAACAGGUAAUUAAGGAGGUGGAAGCUAGGGGCGGUGUACUUAAGAAGAAACCACCAAAACCCAAGACACCGCCCCCGCCCGUCCCCCGUGAACCUUCACCACCCCCUCCGCCUAAAAAGAAAAAGGAACCGUCCACCAAAUUUGUGACGUUAGACGAACUCAUGAAAGAGAAAUUCCCAAUGGAUAAAGACCCAAACGCUAAACCGGAAAAACCGGCAGUCAAUCCGUCUCCGGAUCCUGCUCUAACGGAAGACACCGUCAGUUCCAAGAAUUCCUACACCGGAAGGCAUCAACAGAGAUCGCAAUAUUAUGCCAGGAAGCCAAGAGCUGUGAGAAACAAAAAUGAAAGUGAAAGUCCCACAUCUAAGACUCCUGUAGACAUUCCCUCACCAGAUAAUUUAUUCAGGGCGACGAACAAAUCUGUGUCACCGGAUAGACGACGCCCGCGAGAAAACCACAGAAAGGAUCCGAAAGGUUCGCGUAUUUUGUUGGAGCUUGAUGAAAAGAAAGACAAGUCCAAAAAGCCAAUGGAAAACUCUAAUUCGCUCAGUAAAACAGCACCAAAUAAGGGUAUAUCUUACCCAACUAGAAAUGUCCGUAACGUGAGUCCAGUUAAAACCGAGACACUGGGGAACAGGCGCACGCCUUCUCCCUCCAAAAACUCCACCAAAGGGGAGGUCAAGAGAAUCGACAGCCGUGGGUAUUAUAAAAACUACAAGGCACACCAGAUUCUUAAUCAGAGCAUGGAACCGGAUAUUCUACAGAUAAACCACGAUACGGAUCCGGUGAACGAACUAGAACCCGACGAUCCCAAGGGAUAUCAGUCCAUCUAUCAAAAAAGGAAACAUUUCAAUGAUUUCAAAACCCUCCCUAAACAAACUGUAUGACAAUGAUAUUGUUUUGUUUGUACAUGUACCCUCGCAUAAUAUUUAUAUUUGUAUUUUUCCAUCAUUAAUUAAAGAAAAAAGAAAUAUUUAUUUUAUUUGAAA